AUGCUGAUCGAGGUAUUUAUUUGCAUCAUCCAUCCUCCUCCAAUCAAUUAUUCACUUGUAUGGCCAAUAUAUUCCAAGAAUCCGACAUUUCAUCGUACUGUCAGCACUCCUGUGACCACAGACAUAUCUAAAAAGUAUUCACAAAAUCCUAUUUUAUCUGCUAUUAAUAAUAAGAAAUCAGAACUUUCACCGGUAAACCAGACUAAAUUAAUCCACAGUACACUAUCAUUGUCGUCACCAAAGCCAAAUCCACUUCAUCUGUCUACUUCAGUAAAACUAUCCUCUCCAUCAUCAUUCAUGAACACAGCAAAACGUGGUAAGCAAACGAGGGCUGUUCGUUCUUCUUUCCUAAAUCAAUCAUCAGAUUUUACACUCUCCAAAGCAGAAAUGCAAAAGGAUGGCGGUAUUCUAGCCCUUAGAUUAUCAUCUAACCCUGAAAUUUCAGUCGGUCAUAUUCCUACCCUUCCCUCAUUGCUAUAUUCCAGCGUAUUAAACUCUUCUGUGCCGAACACCGCACUUGUUGGUCUUUCUACUCCAUCAUCAGUGCCUGAUAUUGCAACUCCCUCCUCCUCUCCACCAAAUUCCUCCCUCUCAAUCCCAUCCCCCGGUUCUUCAACUAUAUUAACUCAUGACAAUGGAAGCAGUCCAAAUCCUCUAUCUAGCCUUGCCACUGCCAUGGUAAUACUAGCUUCUGCCUCUUCGCAUCGCUCUAUAAAUUCAUCCUGGAGUUUCAGGAAUUCGUCAAAUGAUGUCUCAGUAGGGAGCCUAUUAUUAGAACAUUCAAGACGUGUUAAACGGGAAUUUGUAGAAUUUAAUGAUACCAACAAUGAUAAGGAGCAUAUAGCAAAUGGACAAAUAGGACGUGAAACUAUCGUAAACGCUGUUUACACUUCCGAGACUCCAGUGAGCUCUGAGUUUGGUGGAACUAUCAUGUACGGCAAUCGAAAUCGUUUUAAUCACUUAGAUGAUGACGAUGGGAUCACUACCCAUGUAAUCUCUAUGGAUAUAGUGUUUGGAAUUCCAAUGUUCUUUCGUCUUUAUCUUAUCUUCCGUGUGCUACUACUACAUUCACGAAUGCUUACCGAUGCCAGCUCAAGAAGUAUAGGAGCACUAAACAGAGUUCAAUUUAAUGUGAAAUUUGUGCUGAAAACAUUGAUGACUAUUUGUCCUGGAACUGUGCUGCUAGUUUUCAUCCUAUCUUUAUGGAUAAUUGCCAGCUGGGUGAUGCGAGUAUGUGAAAUGUGA